AUGGACGACCCGGCAAAUCGCAUGCCUGGGCAGCUGCUGCCUCAUAUGCAUCUGGUAUCGCAUCAACGGUACCCGAACAUUCAUAUGAUGCCAUCGGAGACGGCAGUCGAAUACUUGAUAAGCGCACCCCGGGUCUGCCAGUCGAAGCCCGUGCAUUGGACUUUUCUGGAUGGCCCACCGGAUGGCACCGUGAUGUUGACAUGGCAGCCUUUGGGGCAUCUUGGAACAAACUUCGCUAGCGACGGUUAUGUUUGGGCUGACCCCGAACAGGCCUUCAGCUUUGAAUCACGAGGUUAUACUGUUGAAAUGCAUGUCCACCGAAGUGGCUUCCACCCUCCAAACGAGAACGUGGCUACCCACUCCCGCAAACGUUACCGCAUUAUUUCCUCCAAAACCAACGGCCCUCAACCUGACCCGGCAUUGUGGAUCGUGCAUUAUUCCCGAGCACCUACUAAUGAUCACGUUCCUGUUCCGCGAAUCCAGAUAACACCCCAAGUACAGAGCAUGCUGGGCAACCGUCGCUUCUUACAAAGCCAGGGUCAACUGAGCCGCAAGGAAUUUAUGCUUCACGACCGAAAUAGCUGGCCGACCGUGCCCUUCCCCCCACAAAUGAACCCACAAGCGUAUGGAAAUGCUGGCGCUCCUCAAGCCAGACCUGGAUUCUAUCCUCCUCAAGGACCCGCGGGCACGACUCCAGUCAAACCCCCGCGCGCACAUCGCCCUCCUUCCAACUCAAUAACUGCCGCCACUGCUGAUUUCGCGAUGGAGGAUGAGGACAUGUCGACUGGUGAUAUGAUGGAUAGCUUGAACCCAAGAGAAGUGAGCAAGAUGCGCUACGUGCAGAACCACGAGUGGAUGGAAGAGAUAUUUGCUUCUCCAUUUGCUAUUUCUCAGAUCACACCUGUUUCACUUGGCUUGGGCCGAAAAGGAGAGCUGGAGUCAUUGACUACCGGUGUUUUUGAUGCGCCCACUGGUGAAGGACAGGAUGAUGAGGAGGCACCAGAGGCCACCAAGUUGGAACCGGCCAAGGCAGAGGAGUUCGCGGCUCGGGUUAACAAAAAGGUAGCCGAUACGACCGCUGAGAUUGAGAAUCUUAAGAAGCAGCACGCACUUCGGAUGGAACAAUUCAACCGAAGCAGUUCACUUUUCAGGGACUCUGAAUUGCGAUUGAGGGAAGCUGCUGCCAACCCCACAGAUACAGGUGCCGAAGUUUGGAGGUUGGAAGGCCGUAUCAUUAUUCCCUCGGAAGAUGAGGAGGGUCCACAGGCGGAUUAUCUAGAAGACAAGGCCAAGUACAAGGUUGACGAUGUCGUUCGCGAAGUCGAAUCAGCUUGGAAGAGACAAAUAAUGCCAGAACCCAAGGUAUCAUGCGUCGAAAAGGGUGGUCUUCUGGAAAAGAUUGAGCCAGAGCAAAAGGAAGAGCCAGUAUCUUUUGCCAAUGAUAUGAUUUUAGAUCAGGCAGCCGAUGAGCUUCUGAACCAGUUUGGCAGCCCAGCUACUGCAGGCAAUGGAGCUGCGGUACAUCCCAUUCCUGGUGCUGAUAUUCCGGGUGAUGUGGACAUGGACCUCGGUGAUCAGCUUGGUGGUGGAGCCAACGGUGAAAAUGGGGACUGGGUGAUGGUGAAUAAUGAGGCUAAGGGUACCGUGCCCGGACCCGUAGAAACCAGCUUGGAGGGUGCUGGUUUUGACUUCACCAAUAUUGACAGUGCGGGUGAUGCGUUGGCAGCUUACUCUGAACAAAAUGAUGGGCUUGAUCUUCCCGAUCUCGAGAACUCCGCGUUUGGUGACGCCUUCCAUGCCUCGGAUAAUGAGCACUCACACCACCCGGAUGUCGAUGACAUGUCCUAG